AUGGACGGUGCCGCAGUAUUGUCACUGCCACCCCUCGGUGCCCAGAAACCCGCACAAUCCAGCCCCCAGUCGCAACCGCACGCUAAACCGAAUCAGGAGUUGCAGGUUGGUUCAGUUGCUCUCUACGGGAUUCACAUAGUCUCCCUGGUGAUCGAAGGCCAGGAGCGUUUAUGCCUAGCUCAAAUAAGCAACACCCUGCUGAAGCAGUUUAGCUACAACGAGAUCCACAACCGCCGAGUGGCCCUGGGGAUAACCUGCGUGCAGUGCACUCCAGUGCAGCUCGAGAUCUUGAGAAGAGCUGGUGCAAUGCCCCCUUCCUCCCGAAGAUGUGGAAUGAUAACGAGGAGAGAAGCGGAACGUCUCUGCAAGUCCUUUCUCAGUGACAACGCGCCUCCGAGGCUUCCAGAAGACUUCGCCUUCUCGGUGCACCAUGAGUGUGCCUGGGGAUGCCGAGGUGCCUUCCUUCCGUCAAGAUACAACAGCUCCCGGGCCAAGUGCAUCAAGUGCGCGUACUGCGGACUCUUCUUCUCACCCAACAAGUUCAUCUUCCAUUCCCAUCGGACUGGUCCAGGAGACAAAUACGUCCAGCCUGAUGCCGCCAAUUUUAACUCCUGGAGACGACACAUGAAGCUGUCUGGGACUCCCCCAGACGAGGUGGUUCAUGCCUGGGAGGACGUCAAAGCGAUGUUCAAUGGAGGAACUAGAAAACGUCUGCUGUCCAGUCACGACUCGAGGGAUUCGCCGAACGUCAAGAGAGCUAGGAUUUCUCCAAGCACACCAAUCCCUCCAGCUAUCACCAGCUCCAUACCUCCACCUCCUGCUCAUCCGGUGCAUCCUAGAGUUCCACCGUUUCCGGAGCUACCGCUGCCGUUAUCCAGGAGUUUGGUGAUGGAUUAUGUGUGGCAUCAGCAUCAGCAGGCUGCUGCCGCUGUCGCUGCUGUCAAGACUCCGGGGUUCGCUUUUCCUCCGUAUGCUCUACCGUGGCUGAAGAGGCCUGUGCUGUUUCCAGGACCUCUACCUUCACCCCUAACCGGAACUGGUGCCACUGAGCCUCUGUUGCCACCAGUAACCCCAGCUCCUCUUCAUCAAUCAGCUUUCCGUCCAGUAAUACGACCGUCGCCCAACGUCGAAGCAGCACUUUCAGAUCAGCCCGACGUCAAUGUCGAUAAAGACGAGGAUUCAGACGAUGAAGUGGAUAUUGAGACAACUGAGGACGAUGAUCAAUCCAUUCGGAAUGAUGUAACUAAUUCUAUUAGUAUUAAUCAAAGUGCUAGGGACAGCUCAUCACCUCAGUGUUGGAGUCCCGCGCGUGAAACCGAAAGAGAAGCGGAAAAAUUGGCAGAGGAAUCAUCACAUAUUCGCGAUGUAAAACCUGAGAUUCAUCGCACAAAGACACCAGAAACAUGGCACGGAAGCGCAUUUUAUCGACAUCUAAAUAUUCUCAAAGGUGGAGAGCCAACAGAUCGAGCAACGCCAGACUGUUCAGCAUGUAGACCCAGGGGAAUGUUUUACGGACAAGUUCACAGUCCCCCCGCGUCUACUAAUUAA